UACAGCAAUAGAAAGCACAAGUUACCUCAAUGAUUACAUGGAAAGCUACCUUGAAAAGAAUCACUACACAGGCGCAGCUCUGGGAGUGGCAAGGGGCAAUAUGUUGGUGUAUGCCAAAGGCUAUGGGACAACUACCAAAGGUGAAUCCAUGGACCCAACAAAAUUGCUUCCAGUAUCCAGUAUCUCAAAGACAAUUACUGCGGUAGCCAUCCUGAGGCUUGUACAGGAUGGAAAACUGAGUCUUGAGGACAGAGUCUUUGGAGGUGGAGGUCUUCUACAGUCUUUGAAGCCAUGGAAGGGAUCAACAGAUCACAGGUUGGCCAAGAUCACUGUGGAACAUCUCCUGCACCACACAGCAGGAUGGAGUCAGCAGAAGCCUCCGCUAUAUGACCCGUUAAUGAAUGAGGUCUAUCUGGCCAGGGGGCACAAUGUCCUCAACAUCAGCAAAGAGAUGAAGCUGUUGAGAGAACCUACGCAGAAGGAUAUUAUCCAGUUUAUGAUGGGAAGAAAACUUGACCAUGCACCUGGUACAACCUAUGAAUAUUCUAACCUAGGAUACUGCAUCUUGGGUCAGAUUGUUGCAGAGGUCUCAUGGAUGAGUUAUGAGGACUAUGUAACAAAGCAUGUCUUGGAACCUUUGGGAAUGUGGCAGACAAGACUGAUGCCCUUUGGCGAAUCUGAACCUAAAGAAAAUAUCUACAGUAUUGCAUUUCCAGAUGGAGAAAUACCUUUCAUGGGUUACUCCAAUGCCAAAAGUCCUUCAUACUCACUUAUAAAUUCUUCCUUGGGAUGGUAUUCUACUGUCUUUGACAUCAUGAGAUUCGCGACAGGUUUGGCGGAUGGAACGUUGUUGACUAGACGUACUUAUCAAUAUCUGCUGACGCCUCCAUCAUCUCCGAUGUUUGAGCACCAGGAGACGUGGCCAGGUAUGGGAGUGAGGGUAUCUAAUACAGGGUCGUGGUGGCAGGUGGCAGAUCCUCACGACAAUGAGAUCAUCAUCUUUCACCAUGCAACACCAUUGGCUCAAACCAAACCAAGGGGCAUGGAUGUAGAGUCAAUGAGCUGGGUACUCAUCAUGUCCUCAAAUAACAGGAAAAACCUGAGGCUGUUCAAUGAAAUAUUCUCUUCCAUCAACUGGCCAUUCAGGAAUAUGUUCUUAGAUGACUGUGGUCUAUCCACACUGGACACGGCAAAUGAUCCUCAAGCAGUUCUGUUGCAGGCUAGAAUAUCAGAGAAUCAGUUUCCUAUAUAUCUCAAUGCUUUAUCAAGGACCAGCUUUUAUCCAACAUGGAUCAAUUCAUACAAUUUUAAUGGUGAAACAUUUAUGGGUGUGGUGUCCACCCGUCAGGAAAUCGGUGAUAAAACUGCAGUUGUGUCUGAUUUACUAAUAUCAGAAUUAAAAUCAAAGGCUGAUGAAUUUUCUUCUCAGGGAUUGCAGAUGUCAUUUAUCAACAGUUACAGCAGUAGUCACCAUCAAGGACACAUCAUGCAAGCAGCUAUUUUCACAUCAACAACAGAUAGAACAUUACUUUCGGGUUUCCACAAAUCCUACGAGCAUUACUUGCACAGUUUAGACAAGCACAAGGAACAAGGAUACCUGCCAGUGGUGCAAAGUGUUUCCUCAAGACACGGGACACCACUUGUGAGUUUUAUUUUUGAGAAGCGGGAUAGUACCAACUGGAACUCAUAUACCAACCUCACCCUUCACCAACUAGAUGGUGUGGUGAGGUCGAAUGCUCUUCUAGAUAGAACUUUACACUACUUAGACUCCUAUCAUCAUGAAGGGACACUAUUCUUUUCAGCCAUAUUUCUGGAUGAAGGACUCCACACGUGGCACUUCCAGGCCACCUUGAGUGAGCUAGAAUUUCAAGAUACUGCAAAAACUUACACAAGUUUAGGUUACCAUUCACCAGUCAUCACAGGAUAUGAACACGAUGAUGUAUUGAAUUAUGCUGUACUUUGGGUAAAAAUAUAAUUUAUUGUCAUACAGUAUUCUCCUUUUGUAGGACUUAAGUUAUUAUGAAUUUUUAAUUUUUAUUACCAUUUAAUGAAGUGUCAGUAAUAAUAGAAUCUAUUGGAAUUUUUGAUUUAUUGAAUGUGUUGAUGAAUCUUCCACUGUAACAAUAACAUUUUGCAUGUUAAUCAAAUGUAUUGCAAUGGGCCUGUCUUAUGAUUAAUUCAAAUUAACAGUAACUAUGGAAAGCCAGUGGCAACAUAAUUUCAUCGUUUUAAAGGCCAAUGCACUGACAAGAGGGACUCUCAAUAACAAAGUAAGAAAAAACUAUAAAAAAUACAGAAGUCACGGAACUGGUAGCAUGAGAAUCCUAUAAAACGAAGCUGAACACUGGCCCAUAGGGUUGAUUUUUUUACAGAUUACAUGGAUUUUUAGGUACAACCAUCAGUAUGAUCAAGUGCUAUGAAGAGUGUUCAGGGGCCCAGAUAAGAUUGAACUAUCAAUAUAAGCAUGCCCAAGAAACUUUGUACCGAGCAAUCACAGAUCAGAUAUUAAUCACAAUCUUCCAUCCUCUUUGCCUGUCAUUCUAUUUUCCAAAGCCUCCUAUAGGCAGUGUAUAGGCCUUUGAGAUGAUUAUGGCAAUGCUGGCUUCCCAUAGUUGGGAUUGUUGUGAAUUCAUUUUAACUCUCUUAAAGACACAUAAAGGCGCUACAACAUAAUUAGAUAGAAUUAAUGAAUAUCUUGUUGUGUUGUUGCAGGAACGCCCUUUGCACCAUACUUUCACGCAUUGCAUGCGUGCAGAAAAACCCUUAGUUGCCUGCAUAAGGGCAUUGCGCAAGGAAGUAACAUUUCUGCUCCGGUGAGAUGCAUGGAAGAGUGGUGCUAUGGGCGUUCCUGCACCGACACAAUGAUCUAUAAUUCAACAUUUUUGCAUGAUUUUACAAUUGAUUGUAACUCUAUGAGACAGGGCCUAUACUCGACCAACCAUUUGUCUACUACAUGAUAAAGAAUGGUUCUGUCUUAAUAAAUAGAUCGGGGUGAUAUAAACCUCCAGGGUUACCAUGGUUACCAACUGUAUAAAGUGAUUGUGUUUUUAAUAAACAGAAUCUUUUAUGAUUAUCUGGGGGUUCCAUUAAAAUACCAUUAAUUUGCAUAUUUUUAAAAACUUAGUAUAGUCAUUGACCUACAUGAAGGUAUGGACCAUGCCAUAGUAAACUUUCAGGCUGAAUUCACAACAGAAUUUGUACUAAAUUAUGGGGUAAAGUUUAAUGAAACCAUCAGAUUAAUUAAAAAAUACUAAUGUUCUCAUAUACUUGUAAUCCAAUCCAGCUUAUUUCAGUCUAUGAUAAUCUAGAGGUUUUUUAUCCACCUCUUUUAAAUAUCCAUACAUUGUAGGUAAAUCAUAAUUAUGUUAUCCUUAUGUAUUUCACUCAAAUUACCAAUCAAUAUUAUCCUCAUGGGUAUAAUAUAAUGCUUAGCACAUUUGCUGACAAAUUUUGUAAUUGAAUCUCAAUAUUUAGAUUAAAUGAUCACCUUUUUAUUAGUAUAUUAUCAAUGCUGCCAUCUUCAACUGUUGAAUGGUGAUUUAAAUUCAACAGCUGACAGAUGAACAAUGAACAUACAAAUAUUUUCUGUACAUAUUCUUAAGUUAUUUCACAACUGCAUAUUUAUAUUUUCAUGCACUGCUUCCAUAACAUGGAUAGCAAUGCCAUUUUCUUUGUAUAUAUUCAGAGUAAUUUAUCAGAUGUGAGAGAUGGAGCACUUUUUAUGGUUGCUGAACUAGUCACAAGAAUUUUCAUUCAAAAGAUUGUAUAAAAUUAUCUGUUUAAUAAAGAAUUAAUAUUGGAGACAGAAUAGUAAAGGUUCAAACUUGUAAAUCAUGAAUUUGAAAUGGAAUUUUAUUAAAAUAUUCAUGUUUUCAAAUAGAUAUAAAGAAAAUUCAAUGUGAAAAUAUUUUACUUUGGUCUUUAAUAGUAAAAGGGUUUGGGUCUUACUAAUUCUUGUGGUAGAUAAAAGAAGGCGAAUUAAAAAGGAGAUGAGCAAAAUUCAGAUACUACAGGGGUAUGAGUGUAUUUGGUUUUUGAGUUAUUUUAAAAUACAGAUGUUUAUGGCAUUUGAUUCAGAAGGAUGAAAAUAAAACCAGGGCCAUCACAUAAUACUUAGAAAUUGAUUGUAGCACUGAUUUUAAAACUGAUGCUACACAAUAAGCAAUGCAAUCAAUCACAGAAUUCAGACCAACAAUGAAUCUCUAAGCUUUAUGUAACAGAGCCCAAGAAUAUCACUUUUGAAUACCUCACUUUGAUUAAUUUUAAUUCAAUAAAUGGGGAAAUUUGUUAUGCCAGUCACUUUAAAAUAUUCAAUUGAAUAUAAUGAAAAAUAAAACCAUCAAAAUGCAGAAAAUUCUAACAAAUAUAGAAGUACAAAAGAAAUUCAUGAUAUUUCAAAAUUUCACCUAUUUUUGUAACCAUUUAUAUAUUGACAACACUAAAAUAUGCAAAUGAGAGAGUCAAUGAUGUCACUCACACACUUAAUUUUUUUUUUCUUAAUUGUGUGAAUUGUACAAUAUUUCAUUUUUUGGAAGGUUUUGCAAUAAGAAAACUUUUCACAGGAUUACAAUAACUUACAACACUCGCAAUGCGACAUGCUCAAGGAUGAUUCAAACUUUGUUUCACAUAAGGCCUAUAAUGAAAAGAAAAUUAGAAUAUUUCAUAUGUCACAUGAAAUACAAAAGAGUGAGUGAUGUCAUCGGUUCCCUUAUUUGCAUAAUAGAUCAUUUAUCUGCAUAUUGAUAAUAGAGCUUCUUUAGAAAUUGCUGUUUCUUGUUUAAACAGUGUUAUUUUAACCAUUUUUGUUCAUCAAAUAGAGACGGGCAUUACACAAUUUGUGAUUUUUUUUUUCAAUUGCAAGCAGAAAUCAAUUAAUUCAAUUUUAAGGUGUAAAGUACUUCUAAAGAAAUGUAUGUCAUAUUUGAAAAUAAAGUUUCUGAAAUCUUCUAA